ACUUAGUUAAGCGAGGUUUCUCCACGCAGUGAAAAAAAUGAUCGGAAAGCCACCGCGUUGUGGCCUUAUUCGACAUGUUGCAGAGACAUCGCGCCGCAGCGCGUGGCCGCAUGCCGUGGAGGCGCCGUAACUUUAGUACAGCGGCACAUGUCACCCCCGAAGCCCGUCGCGAUGCAGUGGAGUACCUUCGCUACUUGCAGGCGAGGGAAGCUGCAAAGCAGCACCGCUGCGAGGAGACGGGCGCAAAGGCCGGAGCGGGGCACCGGAGCUUGGCUUCGUCCAGGCAAGCGACGGCUACGCCAGCAAACCCCGCCUCCCGUGUGGACCAGUUCAUAGCUACGCUGCCUAGCGAAAUCAAAAACGUCGCCCAGCUUGCGCGGGAGGCACACGCGGGAAACAAGGCCGGAGUGAUAGAUCAAUCGUUUUGGAAGAAGCUGCAGGGUCGGUUCCGCGAACUUUUUUUCACAUCGGCAUACGACGCCAGGGCGGGACUGCACUUUCUACUUGUGACACUACAGUGGGACAAAAGUGGAGUGAGCGCGGAGUCCUACUUGCACUUCUUCAACCAGGUACGUAUACGCGUGCGUUUUCAUCAGGUUCUUCUAACGUAUUCACGAUGAGGCGCGAUCAGUUACACCGCAAUUUCUACUACACUCACAUACUGUCAGGUGCUGAAGGUGCAAGAUUCGCUUGUCAAUGAUCCAGACGCGGCCGAGAUGAGCCAGCAGUUCGGAAUUGACUUUUGGGCUCACUGCGUCCGGCUUUCUUUGUAUGAUACGACCCUGGGCGAGGGGUUCAUGCGCAAACAGUUCUUACAACAUGCUGUAAAUUGCACCAAUGCGACCGACGCUGGCGCUUCUUCCUCCGCAUCGGCAGUAGCGUCCUUGUUUUGGAGCGAGGUUUUCGCCCUGUAUUCGAACUGGAAAAGGAAAGCAGGAUGCUUGGAUUCCUUACACCGGAAUAAAACAAGAAAUCUACAUCCGGAACGUGCGAAUCUGGAAAUUUUCUCCGAGCUCUUCGACAUACCCUGGCUGAAAAACGUAAUCGCAACAACCACCUGGACCGAGGCGGACCGGGUGCAGAUUGCGGAUGCCUGCGUGGGAUUGGCCGAGCUGCAGCGGAUUGUCGGAGAAACGCAUAAAGAUAACGAGGCCGUGUUGCAGCUCAACACUGUGCUGCGGCUUUUCCGCGAUGGUGUUCUCCGUGGCGGGUUCCGAGACUGUACAGGGUUGUCCGUCCCCGAGUGCGCGAAGCUGGUGCACGCGUUGGCUAAACUUCGGGUAGAAGACGGCGGUGCGUUAGAUAGGGUGGCGUGCCGUCUGCGAGAUUUCGCGGACCCCACCGCCUUUCUGGAAAGCUGCGAGACGUUCUGCAUCCCGCAGUACGGGGGGAAAGCGCAUCGGUUUCUUUGGAGCGAUCACGGGGCAUUACUGGGAAACAGAAAACCAAGAAGUACUUUUGCCAGCAGUGCGACGAACAACAAAACCGAGCCUCGUGCAACGAGUUGUUCUGUGUGGGACGUGGCCGCCGUUCCGACCGUGUUAUCUAAGCUCGCGUACGGUUUUGCAAAGUUUCGUGUGUCGCAACACGCGACGGACGUGUUCGACCGCUUGGGCAUUCUGAUUCGGCGGCACCUUCACGCGUUCGACAUUCCGGCUAUGAGCCAGACCAUCACCUCGUUCGCCCGCGCCGGCGUCGUCAACGAAGUGUUGAUUGCGCGCCUUUGCGCGCGCGUGAAGCAACAGGACGCGGCUCGCGGGAUGCUGGAGGGGAUUCGAAAUUCCCACUGCUCCUUCCAGCAUGUGCUGAAUCUGGCGAUGGGGCUGGCAAAGUUCCAGGUGAAGGACGAGAAGUUAUUCAAGGAGUACUUCGGGCCCGUGUUCCGCUCCUUCCUGCCGCAGGAGGGGCAAACCGUACUGUCCGACGGGGCAUCCUCAUCCCCAUCACGACACGCCGACUCUGACGUCUUUUCCGCGACCCUGUCUACUCGAAUAAAUUUUGCUCAGGAAGAUGAUCCGUGCCAGAGUCAGAAGGGGUUGCGGAAGCUGCGCCGGCGGGCCGCGCAGACACGGACGGCCGCGGAACGGAAAGAAGAGGAGCUGGAGGACUUGGUGGAAGAGUUUUCCGUAUCAGCUGCAAAUAUUUCAGGGUGUGCAGGGUUGGAACUUGUAAAUGCAUGUGUUCCAUUCAUGAAAGACGCACGAGCAGCAAAAGAGUCACUUGCUUUCUCGUGCGAAAGCGCAAUCUGUGAUGCGUACCGGGCAUCAGAAAGCGGUCCAAAAACGUGUCAUGCUUGGCUGCAAGAGCUGGGAUCUCAUCCGCAUUUCAGCAUCAGAAGUUUCCACACGAGGACUUCCCAGCCACAUUAUUUGCAUUCGAUAAUCCGGGAACCAGUUUACCUUCGUGUCUACGGCCGACUGGGUCAAUGUCGCCCAGGCAUACGGAAAGGUCCACGUUUGCGAGGAGGAGUUGUUGCGGGGCAUCGCAGACUUGCUACAUUCCCGAUGUGUACUACAACUCCAGCGGCUGCCUCCCGGACGAGGCCGUGCUGUGUGUUCGCCUUCACUCGGAGGUAACACAGGAACUGCAGAUAGCUACGAGGAGAGACCACGAGGACAGCAGCUCUCUAGUAGUAGUACUGGUUCAGCAUCGGCCAGCACCAGCCAGUACGGGGCGGCGGAAACGGCAUUUUUACCACCCGCUUCGGGUGGACGACGAGACGAUGAUCAGCUCCUGUCCACCGCCGAUAUUUUGAAGUACAUAAAUGCCAUGGGCAAGGUGCAGUUUUCCCACCCUCCCCUGCUCCACCUGCUUGUCCAACAACUGCGACGCGACUUGGACGUCGCGUCCCACUUCUCCCCCUUCGAAGCGCUGCAGCUGUCGCAGGCACUGCAGCGUCUGCAUGUUCAGUACGACGAGCUGGAGACCUUUGUCGGCACGGUCCUACCAAACGAGAUGCGGCGGGCCAGCAGCCUGUCGGGGGAAACCCUCCGGCGGACGGCUACCCUUCCGAAACACCGGAAGUCGGCGCGGCGAAGGAAGCGAACGUGGUGAAAAUAGGAUAACAAAGCAGAUUUUGAUAUUUGUGGAAAAAGACGCGCUUUGGCAUUGUUGAUCGCAAGUUCUCAUUCAUCAUUUAGGAAAAUAAAGCGAGACCUCGACUGGCGCACAACUUUACAUCUAAAGACCUCACGAGUUGUUUCGAAAUGCGGCUCAUUUGACGCGACAUCUAAAGAUCUGACUGAAAGGAUUUUUCCGCGCAGCACGUAGGGGUACAGUGAGCUGCUCUGCAUUUUAACCUCAUUUUCGGUUAUGGAAU